AAUAACUGUUCCCGUCUCGCCGUCUGCCCAAAAAAGUCAAUUUGCCUCUGUUGCUAGUUGGUCUGACACAAAACGGCGGAGGGCUUUCUGUGCCGGCCAGAAACGUCGAGAGCACACGUUGCCACAUCUCUAUACCUGGGGAGUUGCUGAGGUUGCCUAAGGCCAGCAUACCUUGAGUAAGCAAGCACAUUGGUCUGGGGAUGAAUUGAAUGAGUGAUUCAGUCAUCUGAUCAAAUUAAUCGUAUUCGCAAUGGUCAAAGGCCAGGUCCAUCAUCGAGAACAAGCUGGGCCCGACGCCCACGCGCAGUCUUCUUCACUGCGCGAGUCCCAUCAACCCCCUAGAGAUGCAACCUUCGAGGGCGUGCAGCUCUUUGCUCAAUCACAUCGACUCACACGACACGUCGACGUCUUACAUAAAGCCGCGGUCAUACUCCAAGGUCAACCUCCCCUGGACCACCUCGGGCUCUCCACAUUGGAACAACAAGCUUUGCAGGAUGAGACGGAGCGAAAAUGGCGCCAACCCAAGAUGCUCUAUUUCACCAUCCUCGUGUGUUCGGUCGGGGCGAUAGAACAAGGCUGGGCACAGACGGGCAUGAACGGCGCCAACCUGUACUUCCCAAAGGCCUUCGGCAUCGGGUCGAAUAGCAAACAUGAUACGUUCAUUGUCGGCCUGAUCAACAGCGGCAUCUAUCUCAGCACGGGGCUCCUAGGUGCCUGGCUUUCGGACCCUGUCAACAAUUUGCUCGGUCGGCGUGGUGCUGUCUUCUUCGGGGCCGCCCUCUGCCUCGUUGCCAACCUUGGGUCCUCUCUAAGCAAGACCUGGCCGCAGUUAUUGGGUUUCCGCUUCAUCCUCGGUACUGGAUUGGGUAUCAAUGCCAGUACCGUGUCGGUGUACGCGGCUGAGUGCGCUCCUGCUGUCAUCCGUGGCGGUCUAGCGGUAUCCUGGCAGAUGUGGACAGCUUUUGGACUGUUCUUGGGGUUCAUUGCUAACGCCGCAGCCUACAGCUAUGGCGACGACGCCUGGAGACUCCAACUUGCGGCUCCUUUUAUCCCAACCAUACCUUUACUAUUGAUGUUGUACAUGUGUCCCGAAUCGCCGGCAUGGUACGUGAAACAUGGGGACCGCUACGAUCUCGCAUUUCAAUCACUCUGCAGAUUGCGGAAUAGCGAGUUGCUGGCAGCGAAGGAACUCUAUGCCUCGUACAUACAAAGGACGGCGAGGUUGAAAAUCGAAGACCAGAAAGACACUUCCUUCCUCCGGAAGGUUUUGGAUCUUUUCAUCGUGCCGCGCAUCAGGCGGGCUACUACGGCUUCUUACGUUGUGAUGCUAUCUCAGCAGCUGUGCGGCAUCAACAUCAUCGCCUUCUAUUCAUCGACCAUCUUCUCGGACGCGGGGUUCUCUGACUUCGGUGCCUUGCUGGCAUCCUGCGUGUUUGGGUUCAUCAACUUUCUGGGGGCUUUCCCUGCCAUAUGGACCAUGGACACACUUGGGAGGAGGUCGCUUCUCCUGCUGACGUUACCACCAAUGGCGGUCACCAUGCUGGCUGCCGGGCUGAGUUUCAACAUCCCAGCCCACAAUCCUCUGCGCUUCGGACUGCUUGCGACCUUGAUAUAUGUCUUCUGUGCCUUGUACUCGCCGGGGAUGGGGCCGGUUCCGAACAGCUAUUCAGCAGAAGUGUUCCCCUUGUCGCAUCGAGAGAUCGGCAUGAGUUUUGCGGUGGCCACGGCGAACUUUUGGGCGGCUAUCCUGUCCUUGACGUUCCCGCGAAUCCUCACCGCCCUCCAGUCUCAGGGAGCCUUUGCGUUGUACGCAGGACUGAAUGUGGUGGCGGUGGUGCUAGUCUUCCUCUUUCUACCUGAGACCCGCCUGAAGACACUGGACGAGCUGGACGAUGUCUUCUCUGUGCCUACGAGGACAUUUGUGAAGUAUCAGACGACCGAGUUCUUACCUUGGCUUGUGAGACGGUAUGUGAUGCGAGAGAAGGAAGCCGAUCUCUCACCACUGGCCGUUGACGGAGGGUAUCAUGAGCUCGAACAAGACGAAGAUGAGCCAGAGACUUAGUACAGGCCUCGACAAAGAAAAAUAGGGUAUACAUUUACAUGAGGUCCUGGUGAGGUGUUGGUGAGCGAAACAAUAGGUUCGCACCCUCCUGGCUUCGACGCUUCGUACCGUCGCCG